CCGUACAAUUUCUGUGGGAAAUCUUCAAUCUGUGGGCUUUGAAUUGAUAGAUAUAGCGAGAUGCUUUUGUUAAAAAUAUUUUUUUUUAUGGUGAUGACUUCAAUGAUUAGGGGGUAAAAGAUAUUGGCAAGUUGCUGAAGACUUUAAUACAAAAGACUUAUGAAUUGUUUAGUUGAGAGUUGUUAAUUAAGCACAAGGGUAUAGCUUUUUUGCUAGUUUUGUAUGUGUCCCAUGGUUUGAAUUUGGAGAUAGUAUUAUGACCAACAAUGUUAUUUGUCUACUAUAUAAUGAUAUUUGUGCUUUGUUUCUUUUGGAAUGCACAGUCCUAUUGGUGGACCAAAGUAAUGCCAUGAAUUAUUUUAAUCGAUGGUUGUUUACAGUUGUCAUUAGCUUAAUUGUUUUCUUACCUUAGUUUUUUUGGUGAGUGUGCCAUGCAAAGCACAUUCUCAUGCAACUGUUGUAUCUCUUUGUGUGUUCUUGCAGACAGAAUAAAACCAGAAGAUGUGGGCUUGAAACCCGACAUGCCGUAUUUCCAUACAAACGGAUCUCAAAGAAGGCCAAGGAUCACAUACCUUCACAUCUAUGAAUGCGAAAAAUUCUCGAUUGGAAUAUUUUGUUUGCCACCAUCGGGGGUUAUUCCUCUGCAUAACCACCCCGGAAUGACGGUUCUGAGCAAGAUUCUGUUCGGAACAAUGCACAUUAAAUCGUAUGAUUGGGUUGUUGACUUUCCUCCUGAAACCCCCACCACCUUCAAACCUCCAGAAAGUGAGUAUAUUCCUCUUCUACAAUCUUAUUAUUUUCUAAUGUAUUGCUCCCUCUGUUUGAACAUGGUCGAUUAUCGUGACAAUAACAUAAAGAAAUCAGCGGGAAGUAUUUACGUUUUCUUAUUCAUGUUUGUCCAUUUCAUGCGUUCUGGAUAGAGGAGCAAAAUAGUUUAAAUUUAGAAUAGUCAUGAGAUAGAAAAGAUACGGGUAAAGUACCAACCCGACCACCUAUCCUUUUCUUCGAAUGACAACGUGAUCCCUAACCAAAACAACGAUCCACUUUGGUUCCUGUCCUUGAUCUCCAUGAGACAACACUGCCCUUCUAUAUAUCAUAGUCCUUUGUUGGUAUCAUAGUCCUUUGUUAACGGAAGUCGCUGAUAUGUCACGUUAACAUGCUGAGUUGGACAUUAAGUUUCAACAUGGAAUGGAUAAGGACCUAUUUGUCCAUAAAUCCAAAGUGGCUAGGGACUUAGUUGUCUAUAUCCAUUCAAACAAAAUGACGUCGUUUUGACAUAAAAUUGAUCAGGGGUCUAUUUGUUAGGAACUUAUUUGUCUUA